AAAGUGUUUCAAAAAAAAAAAAAAAAACUUAUAAAGACCCGCCCCAUUUAUUUAUCAGACGGAUCUAACCCAUAUUAUAACUAUGGCGGGUCAUGGCUUUUAAAGGCCUCCGUUCCUAUUUCCUACCUCUCUCAGACUCUCAGUUACGUUGAAGCGCACUCAACGUUCUCCAUUGAAGCGUUCUCCGUUGAAUCUUAUCCUUUUAUCCCAUUCCCCCAUUAAAGCAGCUUCUAAGGUUGUGAGUUUUCCUUAGCAAUGGAUGCGGCACCGGAAGCGAACGUCACGGUGACAAUGAGAGAGCAAGGGAUGGUGGAGUCUAAAGUCUUUAGCAUCUACCAACAUUUCAAUGAUCUCCCCAGGAGAGCUCAAACUGUCAUGAUGGAAAUCGCGAGUGAUAAGCACGCCGAGUAUCUCACCAAUGGCCUUAAAUGGCUUCCUGCUUCGUUCUGUGUUCUUGAUGCCAAUCGACCAUGGCUUUGCUAUUGGAUCCUUCAUUCACUUGCUCUUUUGGGUGAAUCUUUUGAUGACAACUUGGAACAUGAUGUUGUUGCUUUUCUCAGUCAGUGCCAGGACCCACAUGGUGGAUAUGGUGGUGGACCAGGACAGAUGCCUCAUCUGGCAACUACAUAUGCUUCUGUGAAUUCACUUAUCACACUGGGAGGGCGCAGUGCAUUGUCAUCUAUUGACAGAGAUAGAUUGUAUGCGUUCUUGCAGCGAAUGAAGGACCCAGGUGGGUCGUUCAGAAUGCAUGAAAAGGGGGAAAUUGAUGUUAGAGCGUGCUACACUGCAAUUUCUGUUGCAAGUAUUUUGAACAUCUUGGAUCACGAAUUGGUGCAAAAUGUCGGGGAUUACAUUAUGAGUUGUCAGACAUAUGAAGGUGGCAUUGCUGGUGAGCCUGGUUCAGAAGCCCAUGGAGGGUAUACCUUUUGUGGAUUGGCCACAAUGAUUCUUAUCAACGAGGUUCAUCGAUUGGACUUGCCUGCUCUAAUUAAUUGGGUUGUAUUUCGUCAAGGAGUUGAGGGUGGAUUUCAGGGGAGGACAAACAAAUUGGUGGAUGGUUGUUAUUCCUUUUGGCAGGGAGGUAUCUUUCCACUAAUUCAAAGGUUGCUGCAAAUUAUUGAGAAGCAGCUGGGUAUGAUGUCAAAUGGUUCUUCCAAAAGAAAUCUUAACUUACCUGAGGAAAUAUGUCAAAUGGAUAGUAGCCACAUUGGACUAAAAAGCCUACAAGAUGUUCCUGAUGUUGCUAAUUUGUCUGACAUCGGUUUUGAAUUUGUCAAACGUUCAGUCAAUAUUGGACCCCUCUUUCACAACUUCGCUUUGCAGCAAUAUAUAAUUCUUUGUUCUCAGAUUAUGGAUGGAGGAUUUAGAGACAAGCCUGGAAAGAGCAGAGACUUCUACCACACAUGUUAUUGUUUAAGUGGUCUCUCAGUGUGCCAGUAUAUCAGUUUGAAGGAUGCUGACUCUUUGCGUACGGCGCAGGAAGUGCUUGGUCCAUAUUCAAAUCUCUUGGAACCAAUACACCCUUUGUAUAAUGUUGUCCUUGACCGUUACUACAAUGUUCAAGAGUUCUUCUCACAAUUGUAGAGUAUCAAGUGAUUAUCUUCUGAAUAUUAGAAGCCAUGGAGAUAAGAGGAGCGAGGGAGAGAGGUUUAUUGCAAAAUAGUUUUAGUUCAUGUAUAACUAGGCGCAACCCAGUGAUCUAAUUGUAAGUUGUUUGUAUAUUUUGAUGAAUUGAUGCGUAUGGUUAUUUACCAAAUGCUUGGUGCAAAGUUGUUUUAGCCUUUUAGGGGUAUUUUAAGUUAUUGAAAAUAUAGGGUAUCUGAUAGACCAAUACCCAAGAUUGGAUUAGAGUGUCCACUAUAUGAAAGAGAAUGGUGAAUUUAACCCAAUUGAGAAUGUUAGACCAAAUUACUAUUUAACAACAACAAUGAUCUGGUUUUCACAA